AUGGUUCUUUCUCAGGGAUUGUUCACAUUCAGGGACGUGGCUGUGGAAUUCUCUCAGGAGGAGUGGGAAUGUCUAAACCCUGCUCAGAGGGCUUUGUACCGGGACGUGAUGUUGGAGAACUACAGGAACCUGGUCUCCCUGGGUGAGGAUAACUUCCCUUCAAAAACGUUAUCACCAAAAGAGAUCAUUAAUAAAGGAGAAUUGUGCCAGACAUUGUUCUUAGAAGGACCUGAAAGGUAUGGCAUUGGGGAUUUUGACUUCAGGCCAAUCAGAGACAAUAUGCAGGAGUUUGACAGUCAGUGUGGAAAUGAUGAAAAGCAUGACAAAGUCUUCACAAAUCAUCAGAGAACUCAUUCUGUGCAGGUGCCUUAUGAGUGUAAUGAGAGUGUCGUCAAAGUCUUUUUCUGUGGCUCAGACUUUACUAAGCAUCAAAAAAUUCAUGUUGGAAAAAAACCGUAUAAAUGUAAUGUGUGUGACAAGGUCUUCAGUCAAAAAGGACAUCUUUCAGUGCAUCUAAGAAUCCAUACAGGAGAGAAGCCUUACGGAUGUAAAGCAUGUUGCAAAUCAUUUUACUGUCGUUCAAACUUAACUCGACAUCAGAGAAUCCAUACUGGUGAAAAACCAUAUAAAUGUGAGGUGUGUGGCAAAGACUUCAGUCGACCUUCCGGCCUCACAGCUCAUCAGAGAAUUCAUACUGGAGAGAGGCCUUACAAGUGUAUUGAAUGUGGUAAGGCGUUUAUCCGGAAAACAAAACUUGUGGAACAUUGGAGAAUUCAUUCUGGAGAGAAACGUCACAAAUGUAAUGAGUGUGGGAAGACUUUUACCCAAAGAGGAAACCUUGUAGAACAUCAGAGAAGUCAUUGGAUGCAGAGACCUUACAAAUGUAAUGAGUGUGGCAAAGCCUUCAAUUCUACCUCAUACCUCACUAGACAUCAGAGAAUCCAUACUGGAAAGAAACCAUAUAAAUGUACUGUCUGUGGCAUGGAAUUCAUUCAGAAUUCAACUCUUAAAAUUCAUCUGAGAAUCCAUACAGGAGAGAAACCUUAUAAAUGUAAUGAAUGUGGAAAGGCUUUUACCCAAAGAGGAAACCUUGUAGAACAUCAGAGCAUUCAUUUGGUGCAGAGACCUUUCAAAUGUAAAGAGUGUGGCAAAGCCUAUAAGUCUAACUUAUACCUCACUAGACAUCAAAGAAUCCAUAUUAGAAAGAAACCGUGUCAUUGUAACAUAUGUGGCAUGAAAUUUAGUCAGAAUUCACAACUGAAAAUUCAUCUGAGAAUCCAUACAGAAGAGAAACCAUACAAAUGUAAAGACAUUAGAAAAUCCAUUCGGAAGAGAAUCCACACAAUUGCAAUAUAUGUAGCAAGGUCUUACUUACAGUAA